AUGUCGAUUUCAAGCUCACACUCGCCCAUCACUGGCGAGCCGGUACCCGACUACUACAUCCAUGCCUCUGAUGCUUUCUUCCGAGACACAAAGGGUCGUGCUCUCUUGCUCCGUGGUGUCAACCUCUCGGGUCAGAACAAGUCUCCAAUCGGUCAACCCUCACAAAAGCUCGAAGGCUUCUGGCAAUCAGCAGAGUCUGGUGGAGAAAGCUUUGUCGGACAGCCUCUUAAUCUCGAAGAUGGUUCGGCUGAUGUCCACCUCGCUCGUCUUCGGUCAUGGGGCUUCAAUUGCUUUCGCUACGUCUUUACAUGGGAGGCCAUCGAGCACAACGGCCCUGGUCAAUACGAUACCGAAUUUCUAGACUACACCGUCAACGUUCUGCGCAAAAUCAAGCAGUAUGGCUUUCGGGUCUUCAUGGACCCUCAUCAGGAUCUCUUCUCUCGCUUCACGGGAGGCUCUGGCGCUCCCUACUGGACCCUGAUCGCAUGUGGCAUGAACCCUCGCAACUUUACGACAACACAAGCUGCCUUCAUUCAGGCCGAAUGGCCAAACGCAGCGAACCCAGAUCCAGCCGACUUUCCCGAUAUGCUCUGGGCAACCAAUUACACUCGCCUAGCAGCUGCUACUCUCUCUGCGCUCUUCUUCGCUGGCAAGCACUUUGCACCACGUUGCAUCAUUGACGGUCAAAACAUUCAGGACUGGCUGCAAUCACAUUAUAUCAAUGCUUGCAAACAGCUCGUCAACAAGAUAGUCGAUGCGGGCGAUCUCGUAGAAGAAUGUGUCAUUGGCUGGGACAGUGUCAAUGAGCCCAACCACACCUACAUCAGCCUCGACAGUAUCUCUUCUAUCCCAAAGUCCUGGCAGCUCAAGAAGGGCCCCGUCCCCACUCCAAUCCAAAGCUUCCGUCUUGGCGCUGGGCAAGCUCAGACAGUAGAGAACUGGACCUUCGGUGCUAUGGGACCCAAACGCAGCGGCUCGGUCACUGUCGACCCAAAGGGCACCUCAGCGUGGCUCACGGAAGACGAGGAGCGUGUUCAAGGCGGUUCAAGGUGGGGCUGGAAACGUGAUGACGCCUGGCCCCUCGGUCAAUGUCUUUGGGCUGCCCACGGCGUAUGGGACGAGGCUUCAGGGGAAGUACUCAACGACGCCUACUUCCGUUUCUUCGAAGGUCCAGCCGGAACCAAGCCUGCCGAAUUCGCCGAGGACUACUGGUUACCACACUACCGCAAGUACGCCGAUAUGAUCAGGUCCAUUCACAAAGAGGCUAUCAUGUUCAUCCAGCCUCCAGUCUUUGAGCCACCACCCAAGUCUCUUAACAAGGACGAUCUCAAACAACGCGCAUGUCUCUCUGGCCACUUCUACGAUGGUCUUACCCUCAUUACCAAGCAUUGGAACUGGUUCAACGCAGAUGCUGUGGGCCUUUUGCGGGGCAAAUACCCAGGUGUUCUCUUUGCCAUACGUAUGGGAAGCAAAGCCAUUCGACAGUGUAUGAGAGAUCAGCUCGGGUAUCUGCGAGAGGAUUGCCUCGACGGCCUCGGCCAGUAUCCUAGUUUGAUCGGCGAAAUUGGCAUUCCAUACGACCUCGACAAGAAGAAGUCGUACUAUGGCGACAGCAAGGGCAGAGGAAUCGGCGACUAUGCCUCGCAAACUCUGGCGCUGGAUGCAUCCCUCAACGGUUGCGACGGCAAGAAUCUACUCAGUUACACCGUUUGGACCUACUGUCCUGACAAUAGUCACGAAUGGGGCGAUGACUGGAAUGGCGAAGAUCUCAGCAUUUGGAGUCGCGACGAUGUCAAAGGUGCCGAGCAGGAGGAUUCAUCUGAUUCCCCCUCUGUGGCCAGUCCAAGUUGUUCAUCUGCGUCCAGCAUUCGUUCCAAGUCCAAGAGCAGUCUCACUGGCCUGUCUUCUGGCUGCAACUCCAAGUCCAGCAUCAACCUUCCCGAACUCGUACCUGGCAACGGCGAUUACAAUGCCCCAAAUCUUCUCAACGGUUCUCGUGGCGCUGCCGCUUUUUGUCGGCCUUUCCCUGUUGCCACAGUAGGUACUCCUGCCAGCAUUGAGUUUGACAUCAAGUCAUCCGAAUUCUCCUAUGCUCUCGAUAUCACAGGCGCUGAGCUAGAUCGCGCUCAAGCCGGUUUGCCGACCGAGAUCUACCUUCCUUUUCUACACUACGGCGCUGAUGGUGUGGCUGCAGCUGCCAGUGGGGAUCUACGCGAUCGACGGAAGAAGAAUGGCCCUGCAUCAGCACGUUGGGCCCGUCAAGAGGAGAGAAAGCUCCGCUUCGCCUCUUCGCUCGCCUCUUCGCAAACCAGCAUUGGCAGUAGCGAAUCGUCGAGCAUUGCCGAGUCAUCAUGCUCCUCUGCAUCGACCAUCCUUGCUGAUUCCACUGAGCUUUGCAGAGCUGCUUCAACAAGGUCUGCAGCCGUGCGCGAGGCUGCGAGCGAACAGCUGCUUGCUGUCGAUGUCCAAGUCUCAGCUGGUCGCUGGGAGGUGGAAGGUCAGUAUUUGAGGUGGUACAUCAACAAAGCUGAGGCCAUCGCAGAAGAUGCUGAUAACCCUCCCAAUCGCCUCUUCCGACACUCGAUCAAGGUCAGAAGAAGCGGUGGGUCCGUUAAGCUCGAAAUGUCAGGUAGUGCCUGGCAUAUCUUGACCUCCUGUGGCAUUCUUUAG